AUGGAGUGCUUCGGUGUCUGUGUCCGUGUCGUCAAGUCACCAAAGCUUCCUGUUCGAGUCAACAGUGGCUGCAAUCGCCACAAGACUUUAUAUUUCGUCGCCGGGGACUGGCUGUACCGCAUAGGCGGUUGCGACCGACAGGCGUUCCACUGCUACACAGAUCUGUUCCGAACUGACCUUCGAAAGUUGGUUGAGGAAUCGACGACCACUACAGAAGAGAAGUCCUCUGUAGCGGGGUUGACACCGUCUGCAGACACUCUGCCCACAGUAGACUGGGUUCUGGUGAAGGAAGACCUGACUGUGGGUCUAUACCACUACGGAGGGAACGCAGUGCGGUUGAGUCGUGAUAGUGUGCUAGUGAUAGGCUCUCCGAUCGCAAAUCACGAGCCUCUCGCCUACGUGAUCAGGCUGGAUUCGGUUACCGGGUGCCAGAACAUAAAGACGGCGACCGCCGCGGCGGACGAUGGCAAGCCUACUGUGUGUACGCCGUGUGCCGACAGUACACGCUUGGGUUACGAUUGCGAGUUGUCUGAGCUGCGUGUCGCGUACGACGGCGUGUGCAACCAUCACGGAGACCUGGACCCGCUACACCGCUGCGUGUGUUUCAAAGGCUUCUACGGCGCCCACUGCCAACUGGGCGCCGCCGACUGCGACUGUCACGGCCGCGGCUCUUGCGACGCCAAGUCCACUUGCCGCUGCGAUGCCGGGUGGACCGGAGAGUCCUGCCAAAUCCCUCUGACCUGUCCUCGAAACUGCUGUAACCGCGGCGUCUGCCAAGACUCGAUCUGCCACUGCCAAGACCCCUACGUCUCCAGCUCUUGUCUCCUAACUCAAGACGACAUCGUGGCCUUCAGACGCGAUCGGCUACAAAUCAUCGACGACGUCCAGUCCUAUCUAAACGCGCUCACCUCAAGUGCUCUCAAUUCGACGACCCGCUCCACCAGUGCCGGUGAACCCUCUUCGGACGAAGCAUUUCGGAAACUGCUCCUGGAGGCGAAGGCAGUGGCCGAAACAUCCAUCAGCAACCCCGACCACGUGGAAAACUAUUUUGUUACGGACGCGUCGUGCUCGUUCGCCACACCUCAGGCCGUUGACGUGCCCGCACAACAGUAUUCGCAAACCGCCACUGCUCUCAAUCUCGUACAGCCUCUGGGAGGCCUCAUUGCCUCGGGACAGACCGCAUCCCAGCAGCUGGGCUACGAUGUAUACGCAGCUAUGCUCGCACACCAAGAGACCCAAUUGGCCCAACGCGCGGCCGAAAUGAAACAGGCUCAGAAACAGACCAGCCAAACCUCGGUGGACAGCACCACCGGCAUCGGAGCAACUGGCCAGGGAGCAACUGGCCAGGGACAAGGGACCACGGGCACCUACGAAGAUGUGUUCUUGACUCAACAAAAGAUACGCUACCCCUACAUGCACGGAUUUUUGGCCCUCACCCUAUCUUUUGGCCUCGUGGUGGCCAUGUAUUUGACUACGACACCCAGACAGCACUACUGA